CAGCGCGUGUGCCCUCUUGCAAAGAGAAGCGUACAGGAAGAGGCGAAGCCGGCGGCCACAGCAGGCUACCUCCUCUCAGCCACCGGUACAAAAAUGAGCCUUCACUAGAGAGCCAAGACACUAAACCGGACUUCUCUAUGAUCCAGCUAACCUUACAGCGAGAUAUUCAGUGUUCAGUUUGCACAAGAGGUGAGCCAUGGCUGAACCGAACCCCUCCCGUCCCCAAAGGAAGAUGUCCACUGCUGGGGAGAGUGUGUACAAGGUGCUAGGCCUGGAGAAAGGAGCGACGGCUGAGGACAUCAAGAAAGCCUACAGGAAACUAGCGUUGAAGUACCACCCGGAUAAGAACCCGGACAACCCGGAGGCAGCGGAGAAGUUUAAGGAGAUCAACAACGCCAACUCUAUUCUAAACGAUGAGACCAAGAGGAAGAUCUACAACGAGUAUGGCUCCAUGGGCCUUUACGUGUCCGAACAGUUCGGAGAGGAGAGCGUCAAAUAUUACUUCCUCAUGUCCAAGUGGUGGUUUAAGGGUCUGGUACUGUGCUGCACAAUGUUCACCUGCUGCUGCUGCUGCUGCUGCUGCUGUUUCUGCUGCGGGAAGUGCAAACCACCCGACGACGAUGACAACUACCAGUAUGUGGACCCGGAAGACCUGGAGGCCCAAAUCAAAGCAGAGCAGGACGGAGGUGAGAGGGCGCUAAACAUAGUUAGGGUUCAACGCUGAUGUUGUAAAUACUUUAUUUCUGGUAUUUAAAGGAAAAAAAAUAAAAAAUUCAUAGAUUGUUGCACGCCAUUGUGUAUCCUUUAGCUUUGUGAUUAACUACCGUACAUCUAGGAGACGGUACACGCUCCCCCAAGGGUGUGAGGACCUUUAACCAUGGUGCAUUUCACACGCCUCAUACCGAUCAAUUAAAAGAUUACUUCACCCACAAAAUGACCAUUUGUGUAUCAGUUGCUCAGGCCGUGCUACCUUGAAUUGUUAUUGUUUUUCUUACAUGCCUCCAUGGCAAACAAAUCAAAAACGGAGAGAGGUCUUGAUGAAUAGGGGGCCGCGUUUAAUAAACAGCAUACUAAACAGGUUGUGUGAGAAUUCAUAAACAGAUCUUUAUAUAUAUAUAUAUA